AAGAAAGCGACGAUGCCUUCUUUCGUAUAUGAGCAGCAGGUCGUCGCCUAUGGAGCGGCACCAGCCCUCUUCCCACCGCAGCCCUUCCACCAGCAUCAGCACCCGCAGCAACACCCCUUCUGCAUGUGGCCGACCCCUCCCCGAGUGCCCCUCAGGCCAAUUGAGCGCCAUCCCGCUCAAAAGCGGUGCAAACCGCCUGCACGGAAGCCGCCACGCACACAGCACACACGUGGCGCCCCCUGGCGCACCCGCGUCAACCCGUACGUGUGUCCGCCUUGCCUUCGGGCUCGGCAGGACCCGUAUGGCGCGACCGCGGCGCCCACCGGCGCGCAUGCGCCACCUGUCAUGCCGGCCCCGCCGCACAUGAUGCAGCAGCACAUCCGCCAGCCGCCUCCCAUCGCUGCACUAGGUGCUUCGGCCGUGCAUGCCCCUGGCUGGGGCUUCGUUCCGCCCGCCGCCGCCCUGGCGCCCAACCGUGCCCCACAGACAGCAGCAGCACCGCAGCGCUACGCCACCCGCGUCCGCCCCAACAUCGCCGCCAUCCCGAGGGCCAUGCCAGCGGUGCCGGCUGCAUCGAAUGCCAGGGAGGGAGAGGGAAGGGAGAAGGAUGAGGAGGAGAGGGAGGGAGAGGGGAGGGAGAGGGAAGGAGAGGAGGGGGAGAAGGACGGAUGCCGCACCCCGCCAGCCAUCAGUCACCAGCGGCAGGAGGACGGAGAGGAGAGAGAGAGGGGAGAGGACGAGGAGGAGGAAAGGGCAGAGAAGGCAUCCCCCGAGCCGCCCUGUCAGCAGGAGGAGGAGGUGAAGGAGGAGCAAGAAGGCCGCACCCCGCCAGCCACCACCCACCAGCAGCAGGAGGAGAGGGACGACGAGGGCAGGGAGGGAGAUGUCCAGGAGAGGACCAGCCACACGAGCCAGCCGCCGGCAGCCUCUUCUACACCGGCAGCCCCAGCGUCACCCCCUCAGCAGGAGGACACAGAGGAGAGGGAGAGGGAGAGGGCAGAGCCUCAGGUUGACGAGGAGGAGGAGCGGGCCGAGGAGGCCGUUUCUGAGCCGCCACGAGAGGCCGAGCAGGGACCCAACGACGAGGCCGCACCUGCCGCAGCUGCUGCUGCCCCCAGCAGUGACUUGCCUGUGGGCGAGAGUGACGAGACCGACCUGACUAGCGAAGGUACGCAAGGACGGAUGCACAACAAGAAGGCGGACACAGUUUGACUUCAUUCACUCACCCUCCUGUCUGUUGGUGUGAUGUGUUGGUGCAGGUCUUAUCGAGGCAGAGGCCGCUGCGCCCCCAGCCCCACUGCCACCCGCCGUGCCCGCCGCCCAACCAGCCCACCACACCCGGCACGCUCGCCUUUCCGCCCACACCUUCGGGACAGACUAUUGGUUCAAUGAGAGAACCAUCACAUUGAAGGUGUGGGUGGACGGGAAGGCGGGCUUGCUCAAGAUGAGGACGCCAAGGGUCAUCCUGGAGGCCAUGAGGCUGGCGCGCCCCGACAUCGACAGCCGAGUUGUCGACCGCAUCGUCCACCGGGCCCUGAUGGCGAUCGAGGACGAGGCGCAGCUCCUCGAUCGCCUGACGGGCCAACUGAGGGCACCGGCAUUACUGUCGAGGGGUCACGUGGCGGAGGCGGACCCGAUCAAGGUGCAGCUGCCCCCGCCCAACACCAGCACCCGGCAGGGCCUGACGGGUGACGAGAGGGUCACCAUGGAGCUGGCUGGCCCCUUCUAUACCGCAGAGCUGCUGCGUACGUGACAAGCACCCACACGAUGCCAUGAACUGCACGACGGAUCUCAUGCUCUUUGUGUGUGUGGGUGUGGUGCAGAGUACAAGGGGGAGGAGGCGCCGAACCUCACCCAGCUGACCAUCGCCCGCGCCCGCAUCACCGCCCUCCCCACCACACCCACCCCAGCGCAGCUCAAGGCCUUCGCCGCCGCCCCGGGCAAGGACCUCAGCGCCACCGUCAUCAAUGCCAUCGCCGCCACCGAGCGCCACAUCACCCAGGAGGGGCUUGUCAGCGCCCUCGAGGCCAUCCACGACUUUGGCCAGCCCAAGAAGCUCGUGGAGGUGCCGCCAGGGGCCAGCGAGGAGGACCACCCGCCCACACGCCCUUACUCUCCCGCACUCCACUGCGCCUUCAAGGACAACCAGCCCAAUGUCGGCAGCUCGACCAUGCUGCCGAGGAUGUGGAGGGCGGAGGGAGGAGAGCUGCAGCUGAUCCACGGCGACGCCCACGGGGGCAACCUCGUCAUGGCUGGGGACGUGGGGAGGAUGACGGCCUACCACAUCGACCACGAGGCCACUCGGGAGGUCAACUACUCUGAUGUGGACGCCGUCACCAACCCACGUCUCGACGUCGUCAGCCCCCCACCCUACCGCCCCUACGUCUACCUGGCCGCCCGCGCCAAGAACGUCCCCUUUGCCCCGACCAGCAGCUACACUGACGUCUACGGCGUCACCAUGAGUGUGGCUCUGUGUGCGCUGGCGGGGCACCGGGGGUUCUCCAAGCGCUUCCAGGGCUGGGGGAUGGGCAAGCCCUGCGAGGUCGAGAGGCUCAUCCCUGCGGACGAGAGGCUCAUCCCUGUGGACGAGAGCCUCAACGCCGCCCUCCUCGAGACCAUAGGGAAACAAGACGACACGGCACAUGGGCGCUGCGGAGAGGAGGACAAGGGGCGAUUCCCCAAAAAAGGCCGGAGGGCCAUCGAGAGAGCCCACCGAAGGCUCUUCGGCGAGGUGUUGGGGGCCAUCGAGGCUGAGGAGUGCGAGGUGGCCGGGGACCUGGUGGACCUCAGGAUUGCGCUGGAGUGCCUGAAGACCAUCCCUCAGCCACCCCAGCCCACCGAAGCCCCGCCACCCAUCACCUUGGAGCCCCUCAUCGCCACCCUCAAGCAGCUGAUCGCAGAUGCCUACCCCUCCGCCUAGGGAGGGGUGGCAACUGCCUAGCCGCCAUCGCAGGGAGGG